UUGCUAUACGUAAAACGUGUGCGUCGUGGACGUAGAAUUAUGACGGCUGUCAGCUUCAUUACUCUCCGAUGUUACCUUUUUAUAUCUAAAGUUAAGCCUCUCCUGUGGACCUAUUGUUCCGCGGACAUAACACUGCUAAUGUGAAGUGACCUCUGUUGUGAUGCCUCCAACCAUGGCUCCUAUCAGUGAUCCAAAGAUUGCUUUUGCCUACCUACGCCCAGCUUGUGUCUUGCUCACUCGAGAGCCCACUGUUACCAAUGUAGAAACACUGAAUGCCCAGCUGAAAGAGGUCAGUGAUGCCGCAUUGCAGCAGCUCCAAGAGUACGUCCUCUACCCUCUUCGCUUUGUCCUUAAAGUCCCUGGGCUCAAGAAGAACAAACUGGUGCAGGCUGUGGCCGAGGCCAUGAGCCACAUCCUGGAGAACACUUGUGUCCAGAGCUGGGAGACCCUUCAUGACCUCUUCUCAGAGCUAACCCUGUGCCUCUGCUCUCCAACCAAUCCUGGGAAACCUGCAGAUACAUCAGAGGAGCUGAAACUGGCUGUGCUGAGAUGCCUGGAUGCCUUGUUACAUGCUGCUUAUGGUGAUAUAGUCUUUAAACUCUUUGAACCAAUCAUGCUGCCUGAACUGGGAACUGCCAUCUCACUACUGCUGGCUUUAGGAGAGAAGGAGAAAUCUCGGGAUAUACAGGCAGCAGCCUUGAAGUGCCUCCAGGCUUUGACUGUGCAGUGUGACUGUGCUCAGGAGCACGUAGUCCCAUCCUCAGAGGAGCGACGUGCUAUAGGCAGCACCAUGGCUUCAGCCUUACCUGGGAUCACUAUGGCUGUAGCCAGGAUUAUUACAGGAGAUCUGAGACAAGGCCAUGUCGUCACAGUCAGGGCCAUCAAGGUUUGGUCUACGACUGUGGGGCUUGUCAUGGAAGACAGCCAGCUUCAGACCAGUGAGCCCUGGAAGACUCCCUCAGCAGAGCUGGGGAGGAUCGCGCAGCUUGUAGUCCAUCGAACACAAGAUUGGGUGAAGAACACAGUGGGGAAGCUGUCUGUGUUGCUGAGGAAGAUCAUCUCCUGCACCUCGGCCCACCAGCACUGGAGGGUUCGGCUGGAGAUGGUGGAACUGGCUGAUCACUUGCUGGCCAGGUGUAGCCAGUCACUAGGAGAGUGUGUGGGGCCACUACUGGAGGCACUUAUAGGAGCAGUCAAUGAUGAGGAGCCCAGAGUCAGAGAGAGGUGUGAGGCUGCUCUCAGAGAGGUAUCACAGAGAAACCAGAGCCAUAGCAGCAGCCAUGCUCAGACGUUCACUGACGUGCUCUCAGAGAAUCUUCACUGUUUAGCCACCUCCCUGCCCAGACUGAUGAGAACCUCUGAUGACCAGAAGAAGCUGUUUGUCCUCAGUGUGUUUCUGGGUUAUUUAAAAGUUCUGGGACCAUUCAUCUCUGUGGUGCUGACCUCAGCUGCACACCUCCAGAGGAUUUCCAAAGCCUUGAUGCAGGUGCUGGAGCUAGAUGUGAUGGAUGUUCGUAUUGUGGAAGAAAGAAGUUACAGCUCUACAAUAGAAACGAGUUCAACCUCUCAAGAUUCCUUCACUGCUCACACACAGAGGAAGCAUUUCCUGUACUUCACUGAUGAGAAGAUCUACUCUGUGCUCAUGGAGAUCUGUCGGCUUUUAGGUUACUAUGGAAACAUUUACCUGUUAACUGAUCACUUUCUGGAUCUGUACCGCCAGUCUUCAGCAUAUAGGAAGCAGGCUGCCAUGGUGCUAAAUGAGAUCAUCAGGGGUGCCGCAGGAAUUGACGUGGCAAUAGAGGGUUGGAGUUUGGAGGGUGAAGGUCGGAGACACUCAGCAACCCAGGAAGACCUUAAAGCGACAGUGGUGUCUGUUAUGGAAGAAUACACCAGUCUGAACAACUGGCACUUGAUAACAGUCAGUGAGGAGACGGAUAAAGACCGACAGGACCAGCAGCUGCUCAGCCCACCUAGACUCUUCUCCAUAUCCAACAGCCAUGUCAGCAGCUCUAAUGCAAACACCCUCCAAGUGAUUCUUCCUUCAGUUGACUCCCCAUCUCCCGCAUCAUCCACCUCCACAAUCCACCAGCUCAACAGCAACAUCUGGCAGCUGUGUAUCCAACUCGAAGGUAUCGCGUGCUUUGCUCAAGCUCUGGGCCUUGACUUUCGCCCCCUGUUGAUGACAUCACUUUACCCAGUGAUGGAGAAAGCUGGGGAGGAGACACUACUGGUCAGCCAGGCAGCUCUGGGCUCCAUGUGGGACAUCAGUAAAGCCUGUGGUUACCUCUCCCUGAAGGAGCUGAUCAAUGAGAACUCAGACUACCUGCUCAAUGACAUCUCCCUCAACCUGCAGAGGCUCAGCCAGCAUCCACAGGCUCCACGCGUGCUGACAGUGAUGUUGACUCACUCUGACUGCAGCCUGCUGCCUUUGGUCAGGGACAUUGUUCAGGAUGUGCUGAUGGCUCUGGAUCUCAGCUACGACCACACAGCUGCUCUUUUCUGCUCUGUGCUCCACACGCUCAUGAAGGCACUGGCGAGGUGGUUUCCCUCUAGAUUUAUUAGGACCAGUGAGUUGUCCAGACCCAAGCAGACCUCCGCUGACCAGGAAGUUCUCAACAAGGGUAUUGGAAUAGAGGAGGACAACAAUGAGGGCCUUGAGGUCCCUCCUCCCACGGAGCAUGAGAAUAUUGAUGGUCCUGAUGUGAAAGCCGAGCUUCCCUCCCACCUCAGCAUCACUAAAGAUGUUAUGGAACGCUGCAUUCAUCUGUUGUCUGACCCAAGCCUCAGGCUUCGACUCAAGGUACUGGACGUGCUGGAGCUGUGUGUGUGUGUACUGAGUGAGAUGGAAGAUGAACUGCUGCCUAUGGCCCAUCGCUGCUGGCCCGCCCUCCUGCAGAGACUGACAGCUGAUGACCCUUUAGCAGUCCUCAGAGCCUUCAGGGUGCUGUGCACACUGGGUGAAACAUGUGGUGACUUCUUGAGGAGAAGGGUUUCUAAAGAGAUUCUUCCCAGGCUGAGCUCUUCGCUGGCACAACAGGCUCCAAUCAGCGCCAAAGCUGGGCCUGUCUACUCACACACCCUGGCAUAUAAACUGCAGCUGGCUGUACUGCAAGGGCUGGGCUCACUGUGUCAGAGGCUGGACCUGGGUGAAGCAGAUCUGGAUGUUGUUUGUGAAGCCUGCCUGCCGUACUUGAGCUGCAGACAACCCAUUAGACUGCAAGACGCCUGCCUAAGUGUUUUCCGACACUUAAUCCAGGUGGAUCCAGACACAUAUUGGUUUACACUCAACGAGCUACACUGCCCGUCCUCCUACAUCCCGCCCCACCCCGACCUGCAGCCUGUGCAGUUAAACGGGAUGGGCAGGCCGAGAGACGAGUAUUCGGAUAAUGUGUUGAAACUGCUGAGAGAGGAGUUUGGCUCAGUUGCUGCAACGGUCGACCAACCAGUCAAGCCAUGAGCAGUACUGUGACCAAGUGUGGAGCUGUCUAGAUCUACACAUCAACCCCACCUUGCUGAAUGUUGUGAAGCCGGGAAUUACAGACAGUGAGCAGUCCAACAC